CCCUAAAAGCUUCGAAAGAUUCUACUUUGGGUUAUCCCGAAACUUUUGCUCACUUAGUGUAGGUGUGUUUGCCAUGCCCGUGGGGAAAACCUGGGGCCCAGUUCUGCUGGCCGCUGUCACUGACUGGACAGUUCAGGUCAUCGCAGAUGGAUUCAGGGGAACAUUCAUGCAUGGCUUGAGUCGAGCAGACUGCUUGGUCGCCCAGGCAGUCCCCAUCGCUCCGCAAAGAGCCCCCGAACCGACGCCGGUGCCAGGGUUUCAUUAUGGAAUCGACGAGCAGAGAGACCCCCUUCCUUGCACGUGUCUCGGGCCCAAGAGAAGGGAUAGCCUAACCAGGUUCAUCCCCUUGUCCCAGACGGGUCAAGGCGCUUGCCAUGGCUUCGGCGCCGAAAUCACUACUGCAUUCAGCACUGCACGGACGAUGCUCAUUCAUAUUCAAGCCGAGACCGUUGUGGCGAUUCAUGAUGACGAUGAGAUAUGGACUUACGGGGAGUGGUGUUUCGAAGGCUGUGGUGGUGUUACGUUGCGGACGUCUACAUUGCGACCUCGGAUUGAUGGUGCUGAUUGCAACCCCAAAGUCCUUCCCCAGUUCAUCCUCGCAAUGGAGAAUGGCACGCGACCGGUGAUGGGCCGCGUUAGGCCAUGCCUCCGAGAGGACCUUCGACAGAUCUGA